CGGGAUGCCAGUCUGGGCGAGGUGAUCCCAGGUGUGCCAAGCAAGACCCGACACAAAAUAAAGACCUACAACACUGGCGCACCAUGGUCGAGCACUGAACCAACACCGAUACAUAUCAAAAUAUGCACUGAAUUACUAUUAACAUAAACUAUAAGUCAAGUACUGAUAACUAGUAGCAAUAUCGAUAAAGUAGAGUCGACUAGUGAAGUCGGGUGGUAGGUUACUCCGGGUUCUACUGGUGUGGGGCUUCGCCCCGUUGGCCCGACCGUGGAGGCGGAGGGGGCGCUGUUCGGGCGGCUGCAAGGCGCGCUGCGGGGGGGCGCUGCCGCCGCCUCGCCAUCGCGCGUCGCGAGCUCCAUCCGUGGCUACCUCACCAACAAGGUCGGCUCGCUGCAGCUCAGAGACUCAGGUUCCGAAGUCCUAUCCGAGGGUCGACGAGUCCUGUUCGUGGACGCCGCGUAAAUGUACUGACUACUGUGAGCGACGCGAGUGUACCAUCCGCAACGUAACCAGCUCUAGAAGAUGAACACAGAUCCCCAGCAGUUAGAAUAUUAACGUGAUACACAAGUAGUUAACAUGGCGGAGGGACCACAGACAAUAUGGCAGAAGAUCGACAACUCCAUCAUCCCCGUCAUCAACCUGGAGGUGCGGGAGGUCCGGGAGAUAUUAUGGGAGAAGAUACAGGAACCCACCUCACAGAGGAAGAUCAUCCUGGUGAUAGUGUCCAUAGCGCUGCUAUUAGACAACAUGUUGUAUAUGGUGAUCGUGCCUAUCAUCCCGGACUACUUGAGGUAUAUAGGCGCAUGGGGAGAGGCAGGCUACGACCAUGUCGUUACCUUGCCACCCAUCAGAGAGGGUAACAGGACCAUCAUACCGACCAAGAUUAUACCCGCGUCACACCAUGGUCAGGACUCUGCGACGGGAGUGCUCUUCGCGUCCAAAGCUAUAGUGCAGCUCAUGAUAAACCCUUUCUCCGGUGCCUUAAUUGACCGCAUAGGGUACGAUAUACCCAUGAUGAUAGGACUCAUAAUAAUGUUCCUAUCGACCUCAAUAUUCGCGUGCGGUCGGAGUUACAGCAUGUUGUUCUUCGCGAGGAGUCUCCAGGGAGUAGGAUCGGCGUUUGCUGAUACUUCAGGGCUGGCCAUGAUUGCUGACCGGUUUACUGAAGAAAGUGAGCGCUCAAAGGCUCUUGGAAUUGCCCUCGCAUUUAUAAGUUUCGGAAGCCUUGUAGCGCCACCUUUUGGAGGUGCUUUGUAUCAGUUUGCGGGUAAAGAAGUACCGUUUCUUAUUCUCGCUCUGAUAUCUUUAAUGGAUGGAUUCAUGCUGCUAUUGGUAAUGAAACCAAUUAAAACGCAGAUGAAAGAAGCGAACCAACCGAAGCCAGCUGGCACUCCGAUAUGGAAACUCCUCAUGGACCCGUAUAUCGCAGUAUGUGCUGGAGCUCUCAUGAUGUCUAACGUUGCUUUGGCUUUCCUCGAGCCUACAAUUUCCUCCUGGAUGGAAGAUAACUUGACCAAAGACAAUUGGAAGAUUGGCAUGAUAUGGCUACCAGCUUUCUUCCCGCACGUUCUUGGGGUAAUCAUCACAGUAAAGAUGGCAAAGAAAUACCCACAACAACAAUGGCUGAUGGCUGCUGGUGGAUUGGCUUUAGAAGGAUUGUGCUGUUUCAUUAUUCCGUUCGCGAGUUCGUACAAAAUGCUCAUGAUACCUAUUUGCGGCAUCUGUUUCGGGAUCGCGUUGAUUGACACUGCUCUUCUGCCCACCCUGGGUUACCUGGUCGAUGUUCGGUACGUUUCUGUGUACGGAAGCAUCUACGCAAUCGCUGAUAUAUCAUAUUCAUUCGCGUAUGCUGUGGGACCGAUUAUAGCAGGAGAAGUGGUCGAAGCCAUUGGCUUCACUGCUCUGAAUCUCCUAAUUGCUUUCAGCAACCUCCUGUAUGCCCCAGUACUUAUGUACCUCAGGCACAUCUACGACUUUAAACCAUUUGAGAACGAAGCAAAUAUUCUCAUGUCUGACCCGCCGGAUAAAGAAUACCAAACGUACAGCAUGCAAGAUCAGAGGCCCGUCAACGGUGAAUACAAAAACCAUUUGGAAUAUUCCAACGUGUCUGGACAAGUGGCAGCAACGCAGGAGUCGAAUGUGGACGCCGCGCAGACUGGCUACUCAUACGACCAGUCGUAUCAGGGGGAUUAUCAGAACUACAGCCAGGGCUACGAGCAGGAGUACCAGCACCAACCGGAGUACAACCAGCCGCGGCAGUUGCCUGCCCAGCCGCAGCCCGCGCCUAGCAAUCCGUUCCGCGCAGGCACGGCAGCGGCUCCCGCACCCGCGCCCGCGCCAGCCCCGCCUGCUCCCACCAUCAAGAACCCGUUCCGGCAAGGCUUCUAAAUUUUAUUCAGUGUUGUUGUCGAUAUUUUUGAAUUUACUUGUUGUUUAAUUAUAAAGUUCUCAAUUAAUGCCUUCGAUCACUGAGCCGCGUCACAUCGGCGGCGGGUUUAGUCUCUGUUAGGUGUCUAUUAGAUGUGCUUAAACUGUAGUUGUGCGAGUGAUGUACGUAGACUCACACAAGUAAUGUGAACCUGCCGGGCCCUAUGUACACCACUCGAGCUGUUUUCUUGUUGAUCUUGUACUGUUCUAAAACUGUUAUGUCUUCUGAUAUAUAAGUAUAAUAAUGUGUAAGUAAUAAUAAGAAAUAUAGCGGCGUAAAUCUCGAUGUACACUCGAAAUAGACAUGAAAUUCUUAAAGAUAUAUCGUUUGGGGUGUAUAUAGAUACAUUGUAUAAACGUAUAUACUGGCACACGAUUCACGUUGCACUAGGUAAGGGCCUAAGAAAUAUUUAUUGGUGAAAUCUUGGCACUUACGGGCAUUUUAAUGAUCUCGCUUUUGUGUAACUUGAUGUGAAGCUACAUAGGUGCGUGGGACAUAGAUUGUGGGUGGAAUUUAUUAUAAUUAUAUUAGAUGACGUCAAGCGUUGGACGUGCGACAGCGACGCAGGCCUUGGUGACGUAAUCAAGUCUUCAUAAACUGCGAAAUAUCAUACAAUUGCUGUGUCACUAUCGCUACGUCAUUGACUCGACGUUAGGACUACAAAUGGUAGUACAUACUACGAUAUAACUGUUUAACUAUUUAAAUGAAAGUAUCAACAUACAAAUUCUGACUACAAUCUAUACUAAGCUCAGAAUUGUAAUUAUGUAUGUGUCAUUAUAUUUUUAGACGUACUAUAAGAUAUUUCCUAUGCUAUAUCAGCAAUAUUAGUGUACGGCUUCAUAAUUAUUCUAUAUCAAUAGUUGUAGGUUAGUAUCAACUUGUGAUAAGUUGCAACCAAGUAACGAAACAUAUCAGGAUCUUUUGAUCCACGUAACUUAAGUUAGAGUAGUGAGGUAAGUGUAUAAGUGGUAGUAAGGCCACGUUUUAGCUUAAAAUCAGGUACAUCGAUUUAACGUUUGGUGGGAUGACAUCGUAUUUCUUGUUUAGAGUCCGAAAUUAACAUUAUAGCUACUUGCAAAAAGUAUGACUGAAGAAUGGAAGGUUCAAUAUAUACUAAUACAUAUCAAAUAAAGAAGAAAUGGAAAUUUCGUAUGUUAAUAUAACUUAUAUAACAGAAUUUGUUUGUUAUAAAAUCUAAUAAAAGAGUAAAUAGUAUUAGAGAAUGUUUCGAUGAUAUUAGAAUUCUACAAAAACCUACUACUAAUCAACUUUAUAUACCUCCAUUAGGUAAGUAAAGAUCUCAUCCCACCGAACCGUUUACAAAACGGAAGAUUCAAUUCAAUUGUAAAGUAAUUGUAGAAGAUAUCGCGACGAGCCCGACAUGUCAAUUGAACGAAUGUAUAAAGUAAAACUUUACGUGUAAUAUAUGGAUAUUUAAAAUUAUUAUGUACACAUUCGUUUGAACCACGCUGGCACCGCGCGGUCGCCAACCGCUUUAGUUCAGUGUGAUGAAUGUCCUUUCAUUAGACUAGAGACAGGUAGGAGGCACUGUAUCUGGUGGAGACCGUCAUGCCUGGCGAUCAGCUGUCCAAGACUCGACCAAGUGACAGGGGUCACGAUCCUCAGCAUUGAGGGAACGAUUAGAGAGAGAGAGAGAGAGAGAGAUACGCCAUUCCAACAUGUAAAGCAUAACAGGUCUGUAAAAGGAGAGACCCAUAAUGUUUACCAUGACACAUAUUUUGUGUGAUACGCUAAAUACUUCUAGUCAGAGUGUAGCGGAAAGCUCAAAGUUGAUGCUCAUGACAAAGGGGUACUUGGUGUAACGAACAUUAAGUAAUGAAUUGGUAAUACUAACUUCAAGGAUAUAAGACAUGAAUCACGUAAUGAAUAACGAUUCAACAACUUUAGAACCGAUAUGGAUUUUUCUAUACUAUCCACUCCUGCGACAAGGCGUUUGACACCUGGUCAUACUAUAUUUUUCGUUGUCGCACUGUUAGCAAGACAUGCACAAGAUAUUUCAGACCUGGUUUCGCACUAAACGUGAUUGAAACGAGAAAUCUAUUUGGAUGUUUAUGAAAGGAUAUUCAUCACAAAUUCCUAAGGUCAUAAAAUUUGUGUUUGGUUAAGAAGAAAUUUAUACCUAGCCUGCAAAGUACAAUAGCAUUUGUAGUUCAGACUGUCUGCACAUCGUAUUGUUUCGCGCACCGCACUUCUACAUUAUGAUUAAUGCGCUGAUGAUCGUCAUUGAGCAAUUAAAAAAAAAUGAAGUAAGAAGGGGUUCUUAUUAUAUAUAUCUCAGAGCAUCUUGUCUUUUUUCUUUCAGGAUGGCAGAAGUAUUAUAAUCUUAUUCCUUUUUUUUAUAUCGGAAAUUUAUUGUAGUGUAAAUAUUGAAGAAUUACGAUAUUUUCUCCAUUUAUUUUCUAUAAGGAAAUAUUGUAUUAUAAUGAUAUUCCUAAAAUAGUUGCAUUCAUUUUUAAAUAAUAUAUAUUAAUAUCAAAAUCGUGCACACAACUAAAUGACGAAUCUAUAAACCUUUUAAACCUCUGAAACAAUAUUAAUGUUGAACGAUAAAUACAAUAAACCACGAGAGCUUAAAUAAGCUCUGUUAUAAAGCCACCGCACUCACUUUAUUGUUUGUUGUUUAAUAUUUACCUUUCCAUUAAAGUCAAAGUGUACUUUAUAUUUAAUGUGAUAUAUUUUUUUUUAUAUUGCUUGAUUGAGGUAGUCAGCGCAUUAAGAACCUUAUUUCUCUAGUGGGUUCCCUACGAUAGCCGUGCUGUAAUGUAACAAUUGACGUUAAACGCCGUUGUAUAACGACCGUUAUAUAACGACGUCGAUAUCCUAGCAACCUAUGCUUAGAUACUUUUGUAUAUUUUAAUAUGUAACCUAAUUUUCGCAUAUUUCUAUAUUAAGGUAUUUUCAACAUAUAAUAAUGUAUAUUGUGUAACGGACUCUCCGUGUAUAUAAGGAUAGAGUCAAUUUUCUUGUCAAAUUCUCCCGAAAUUCAAUUAAUUAGUAGUGUGUGAAGUGUACAAGUAUGAUUAAGGAUGUAUAUUGCUGUGUAUAUUGAUAAGCUAAGGUAUAUGUUGCUCUGUUCUAUAGCCUUACCUUCACCAUCUAUUCCGGUUCUAUAUUCGGUUAAAUACUUUCGAUUAUAAAUAUCUGUUACCGCCUAGUGUUAUGUCGUAAAUCUGGUGUUUAAUUUUUGGUAUUUUUCUCUAAUAUUAUGUCGUUUUGCUAGUGGAGUUUUGCUUCCUCUCUUCUCUUUGUUAAGGUGUAUAUUUCUUUAACAAUCAACAUACACGAGCGAUGUUCAGGAAGUAUGUUGUGAUUGGGUAACAUAUUCUAUUAGUAUGUGCAAUUAUAGUGACGUACUUAUUACUGUAUAUUGUGAUUCUGUUGUGAGGGGAAUUAAAAUUGACAUUGGUAAAAGAAAAAAAGAUAAACAUCUGGCUGGAAAAACGGUAUAAAAGAUGGAUGAAGAAGUUUUUCAAUUUUAAUUUCGCUCAACAAUAUUUAUUGUAUCAGCAAUAACAACCGAUAUCGCAUACAUAUCAUUAGUGAGUAAGUAUAUAUACAUUUACUAGUUUUGUAUGGUGUGUCUUUUAUGAAUUGUAUGAUUAUAUAUCGUCUUUUAUCGAUAGGAUCUAUCACGUGUCGCGUUUUACAAAUAUGAGCCUUUUUAAUUCCUUUACAUUGUAUAUAAUGCCUUUAGAUACUCGAUUUUGCACGAAGUUUGGAAAAGCCUGAAAUUUGGGAGCCCCGCAAACUUUUAGGGAAUUAUCGGAUUUUAGGAUGAAAUCAAUUUUACUGGUGCUAAAAGUUUAAAAUCGUUAUUUUGAUUGCUUAUGGAAUCGUAUUCUAAAUGUUUAUAGAUUUUAUUUCAAAUUAAAAUUGUAUUUUGGCAGAAGUUUUGGUUCAAUUUAAAUGUAUAUUUUCUUCCAAAUAUACUAAUUAUCACGAUUUAACAACAUAUCAUCAUAUAACUUAAAUCUUACCAUAUCAAUUUUCCUUAAUCAUCCUCUCAUAUUUAACCUACAAAUUCAAAGAUAGCUGACAAAAAUAUUUUUGCGAUAUUUUGAAAAAAAAUCAAAAUACUGUAAAAAAUGUUUUGAUCAUUUCCUUACUACAACUAUAAUGUUUUCUACUAGAAUGUGUGUAGAAUAGAUAUUUUCCGUAUUUUCUAGUUGUAUCACUAUUUAUAUCGAUUCUCGUGUGUGGUUUGGCUGCAAACAUCGUUUUAUAAAUAUUUUAUCAAA